GCGGCGGUGGCGGUGGUGGCUGCAGGAGCGGGCAGGCGGCAGGUGCUAGAAGCCCCGGCUGGGCGAGGUGUGUACCCGCCGGGCUCCCGGGCCGCCGCCUCCUCACUGCUCCCGGUCUUUCCUUCCCUUCGUGCUCUCCAACGCGUCCAACCCCCUGCCUCCGCGCCCCGGCCCAUGGCGCCCCGUGGUUGAGCCGGCGCCGCCAGGGACCCCCUCCCGCGGGCCUCUCCGGGGCGCGCCGAUCCCGGAGCCGCCCACCCUACGCGGAGUCUCCCACCCCUCCUCGCCCGAGCCGGGUGGGACCAUGGCUGCGAAGCUGCGAGCGCAUCAGGUGGACGUGGACCCGGACUUCGCGCCGCAGAGCCGGCCGCGCUCCUGUACCUGGCCCCUGCCGCAGCCAGACUUGGCCGGCGACGAGGACGGAGCGCUGGGUGCAGGGGUGGCCGAGGGUGCCGAGGACUGCGGGCCGGAACGCCGGGCAACGGCUCCGGCGAUGGCCCCGGCGCCGCCGCUGGGCGCCGAGGUCGGACCGCUGCGGAAAGCCAAGAGCUCCAGGCGGAACGCGUGGGGGAACCUGUCCUACGCCGACCUCAUCACCAAAGCCAUCGAGAGCGCCCCGGACAAGCGGCUCACGCUCUCGCAGAUCUACGACUGGAUGGUCCGUUACGUGCCCUACUUCAAGGAUAAAGGCGACAGCAACAGCUCGGCCGGCUGGAAGAACUCCAUCCGGCACAACCUGUCGCUGCACACCCGUUUCAUCCGCGUGCAGAACGAGGGCACUGGCAAGAGUUCGUGGUGGAUGUUGAACCCGGAGGGCGGAAAGACAGGGAAGACCCCCCGGCGUCGGGCAGUGUCCAUGGACAACGGGGCCAAGUUCCUUCGCAUCAAGGGCAAGGCCAGCAAGAAGAAGCAGCUGCAGGCGCCGGAGCGAAGCCCAGACGACAGCCCUCCGGGCGCGCCCGCUCCAGGGCCCCUGCCAGCCGCGGCCAAGUGGGUUGCCAGCCCAGCUUCGCACGCCAGCGACGACUAUGAGGCGUGGGCCGAUUUCCGAGGUAGCGGGAGACCCCUACUCGGGGAGGCAGCCGAGUUGGAGGACGACGAGGCCCUGGAGGCUCUGGCACCGUCAUCGCCACUCAUGUACCCAAGCCCCGCGAGCGCGCUGUCGCCGGCGCUGGGAGCGCGCUGCCCCGGCGACCUGCCGCGCCUGGCCGAGCUGGGAGGCCCGCUGGGCCUGCACGGCGGCGGGGGCGCGGGGCUGCCCGAUGCCCUGCUGGACAGUGCGCAGGACGCGUACGGGGCCCGCGUCCGCGCGGGGACGCCCGCCUACUUCGGCGGCUGCAAAGGCGGCGCCUACGGCGGGGGCUUCGGGCCGCCGGCUCUGGGGGCGUUGCGCCGCCUGCCCAUGCAGACCAUCCAGGAGAACAAGCAGGCCAGCUUCGCGCCGGCCGCCGCGCCCUUCCGCCCCGGGGCGCUGCCCGCGCUGCUGCCGCCGCCGCCGCCGCCGCCGCCCGCACCGAGGCCCGGCCCGCUGCUAGGCGCGCCGGGGGAGCUGGCGCUGGCGGGCGCGGCCGCCGCCUACCCCGGCAAGGGGGCGGCUCCCUACGCGCCGCCCGCGCCCUCGCGCAGUGCCUUAGCCCACCCCAUCAGCCUUAUGACGCUGCCCGGCGAGGCGGGCGCCACGGGCAUGGCCCCGCCGGCCCACGCCGCAGCCUUCGGGGGCCCGCCCAGUGGCCUCCUGCUGGACGCACUGCCAGGACCCUACGCGGCUUCCGCCGCCGGGCCGCUGGGUACCGCGCCGGACCGCUUCCCGGCCGACCUGGACCUGGACAUGUUCAGCGGGAGCCUCGAGUGUGACGUCGAGUCCAUCAUCCUCAACGACUUCAUGGACAGCGACGAAAUGGACUUCAACUUCGACUCAGCCCUGCCUCCGCCGCCCCCCGGCCUGGCUGGGGCCCCACCCCCAAACCAGAGCUGGGUGCCGGGCUGAGUGCCACCUCCUGCGGCCCAGGUGCCCCAGUGCAGUCUCUCGAAGGGGCCUGUGUCUUCCCGUCCUGAUCCCCCGGGUCCCCCACCCCCAGUCCAGCUCCACAGGAGGAUCCCGGAGGCAGCCCCAGCCCAGCUAGCGAUGUCCCUCGGAGUCGACCGCAGAGAGGAGUGGGAGGGGGCAGCCGGGUCAGGAAGCCUGGGAGAGGAGGCUCAAACCCGGCCUGGGUGGGAGUGGAGAGGAGCGCGGCAGGCGGCCUGCUGUGGCUACUGACCAGGGAAGCCACCCAGGAGAUAGGGCGGAGGACAUUUCUGAAUCUUUUAGUUUCAUAAGCGCGGCCUUUGCGAUGACAUGACGCAUAACCCACCCAACUCCAAUCUGAUUCUCAAACGACCCUUUUCCGCAUGGGUGUUAAUCCCAUCACACGAAGCCAGCAAUCCUCGCUCACACCUAUCUGCUGACCAUCUUAUCUGUCCUGCACAAUCCUCCUCCAGUGCUAAGCACUCUCCGGCGAUUCCCCACCCUAGUUGGCCCUGGCGUCUCCUCUCCCCGCCUUCUCGGUCCACCCCCACAUUCCUGCAGUACUGGACGCAGCCUCUCCAGCGGGCCUCAGCUCCGGAUCCACCCUCCCAACUGACACCCCUUUCUCCGUGCCAGUCCUGGCCCCUCUCCCAUAUUUAUAAGUGUCCGAUCGGGGCGGGCGGUGGGCGCGGCGUCCCCGGCGUAACGUAGGCAGUGUACCGUGGCCGUGCCGUCAGCGUGUGCGUGUGUGCCGUGUCAAGGCCGUGUAGAGUGCGUUGUACAGCAUAUUUUCAUGAAUAAAAUUGUUUUAAAUAUU